CGUUACAAAUCAGCUGUCAGAGUACGCAUGCGCGCAGUCAGCUUCCAGUUGCUGUAACAACAAGCGGUAAGAAGGGCGCGGAUUUUGAAGUGGGCGGGACUACCGGAACCAAAGUGAAACAGGAUGGAGUUGCCAGUCAGAGGCCGGUACUUGUUGCAAAUUCUUACUGCUUGAUGAUGGUACACAAUUCAAACAAGUUCUCUUCCAAACGGCAACGUAAAGUCGAUCCCCCUGUCACGUCUGGGAACCAGCGCCCGCAGACCAGCCGCGUUAUACCGUAUCGUGUGACGUACACAUGGAACCGCGGAGGCAGGCUGAAAGAACUGCGCAUAAGGCAUCUAGCCAGAAAAUUCCUUUACUUGUGGGUGAAAAAAACAUUUGGAAGAGUCCUUCCAUCUGCUGCCAGGCACCACUAUACUCGCCGCUUGUUACACUCCUGUUUUCAUCAAUGGCAGGAGGAAUGGUGGCUCUUGUGCAUGGAGUGGAAACUUAAUAUCAGAGCUGAGUGCCACUACAGGUAUGUCUUAUACAAAAUGUGUUUCUCUGCCUGGAGGAAGUAUAUUGGGUUGCAACGGAAGAAAAAAUGCAGGGCUCAGGCUGCAGAGAUCCAUGCACAGAAUCAUCUAAUGCAUCAGGCAUGUCAUCAUUGGAAAAAUUAUGUGAAAAUACGUAGAACUAAGAAGCAAAUGCUGUUAAUUGCGCUGGAAUUCAGAGAAGAAAGAGACCUUAGAAAUUCCUGGUACAUCUGGGCAUUGCAGCUAGAGCAGCAGCAAGCCUACCGUGAGAUGGAUGUGCUGGCUCUAAAUCACUGGGCUGUGAGCCUGCAAAGCAGGGCUUGGCUGCAGUGGAGAGACAUUUACAUAUAUCGUAUAACUGAGAAGAAAAAGGUUUUGCAAGCAGUAAAGCAUCAUCGAAAAUGCAAGUUGCAAGCUGCACUAAAAACCUGGCUUCUAUACAUAUGUUAUCGCAGAGAGAAACGGCGCCACCAGAAGAUGGCUGUGAGCUUGCAUCAAAAUUUUAUCACUAAGAGAUAUUUCUUACACUGGCACCAAGCCUUGGAGAAAGUUUGGAGUAUGCAUACAAUGGACGUGCACCUUGAGGCUUUGGCUGUACGCUGCCUACUUCGAAGGACUCUAACAUGUUGGAAACAUUACAUGGUGGUACGUUCUGAGAAUAUUAGACUGCAAAAAGUAGCAGAGACAUAUCACAGAAAGCACCUAAUGGAAAAAGGAUUACAUGCCCUGAAAAAGAAUAUAAACCAAGUUCGCAAAUAUCAACAACAAAGUCUUCAGGCUGUCCAGCAGUACCAAAUUACGCUUGUCUAUAAGUAUUGGACUGAAUGGAAGUUACGCCUGGAACAGAAAGAGGAGGAGAAACUUUUGACAUUGACAAUAACAGCAAAUACUCAUUACAGGUCCGUGUUAAUGCAGGCGUCCUUCAAGAUGUGGUUACAGUACAGACAGAAAAGAAAACGGAAACAGGUGCUGAAUAAAACCGCAUAUAAGCACUAUGCAAAAUCCCUAUUGCCUCACAGCUUUCAAAUGUGGAGAAAACAUCAAGAACUUCGGUGGAAGACAAGACACAUGGUAGAAAAAGCAACAGAAUUUCACAGGUAUACUGUACAAAGAGGAGUACUCUUUACAUGGCAGAAGAAGUUAAAUCAACAGAGAGAGUGUCGCCUGAGUGAGAGAAUGGCUAUACUACAUUUCAACUGGAGGCUAGUAGAACAAUGCUGGUACUCUUGGAAGAAUCAGUUAGCUCUCCACACGGCAGAAAAUAAAGGCAAUUCUGAAGCUGCUGAACAUCACAGGAGACAUCAGUUGCUAAAUGCCAUUACUGUAUGGAGGGAACAUGUGCAGGAGAUAAAGGCGGAGAGAGCUCAAGAGGAGAAAGCCAUACUUCACCAUCAGGUGCUUUGUAUGCAGAAUGCCUGGAGCCACUGGAAGUUGUUUUUGCUUCAGAGACAUGUAAAGUGGGAAAAACAAGUCAGGGCUGAUCUACACUACCAGCGCUGCUUGCGUGCACAUGUAUUUCGGGCAUGGAAGCUUUAUCAUGUCUGUGUACAAAACAUACUGCAUCAAGUGAAGGAAAAAGAGAAACAGAAAAAUGAAUAUAUCGUGCGAGCUGUACUGUGCACCUGGAGGAAUCAAGCAUCUUCUCAGAUUCUGGAGAGAAGGCAGGAAAGACUUGCAAUUAUUCACUACAGUGCUACAACUCGAAUAAAGGUUGUUCGUGCAUGGAGAGACACCGCAUCUGUUUUGGCACAUUGUAGGGAGAAGAAGGCAGAGAAAGUGAAAGAGGCAACUGUGUUUCUACAAAAAAGAAAACUCCAAUGCUUCUUUAUGCACUGGAGGCAAUUAAGUUACACAACAAUGGACCUUCGUGUUAGGAUGGAGGCGGCUACAAUGCAUCAUGUGAAAAUUUUGCUGAAGAAUUGCAUGAGAAAAUGGAAAGCUUAUCGUGCUCAGUGCUUAAGGAAAACGCUACUUCAGCGUCAAGGAGCCUGGUUUGCAGAACAGAGACUCGGCCGAAGUUGUCUUAGACAGUGGCGCCAAAUGCUGGUAGAAAAACAUCAGCAGGACAAGAAGAAUGUGAAAGCUUUGUGGAACUGGUCCCUCACACUGCAGGGAAAGGUGUUUGAUGGCUGGCUAUCUUAUGUGUGUGAACGUCAGCGAAAAAAGGCUCGCAUUUUGACAGCAGUAGAACUGUAUCGUGCAGAUCUGCUUCAGACUGGAGUGACCAGAAUCCUAAGUUAUGCAUCUGGCAUGAAACAUUUCAGAUCUCAGCUGAGCACUCAUCACCAAGUAAAGGAGGUGCAGAUGCAAAAUGCCGCAGCUCGUCGCUGUGCUAUUAUCUGGAAAGAGAAGGUCUUCAGAAGGCUCCGUCAAAAAACUUCUCAGAAGAGAGUAACCUUUAAUACUUUUGACAUUAAUUUGUUAUCUGAAGAAGAAGAGACUUAUGGAACAAAGACCUCUGCGGAUAUAAUGUACACCGCACCCCUGACUAGUGGGGAGCCGACACUAAGUGUAAUCAGCAAGCUGAGGGCAGAAAGGACAAAACCCCGUAGCCCUGAAUUCCUGCUGCAAUCUCUGGAGAGAGAGGGACUACUGCAUGCUGUGAGCAGCUGUGACACUGCAAAAUAUUCUGAAGCAGAAUCCUUGGCUACAAAAAUGCCUCUACAGAAUGAAGUCAAGGCAACUAAUCCUUUCCAACUACCUCAUGCUCUGCCUCUGCAACACUCAUGCACUUUAGCUUCUUCUGUAACAAAGGAGUCUGCUGCUGAAAUUCUGCCUCCUCCCAUCCGAGGUUCUGUGGCAUCAUCAGCACCUUUUCAGUUAAUCCCAAACAAGGCUUCAUCUUGUCCAGCACUAAUGCCUCCAUCUUCUUUUGUGCCUCUGGUUCAGAGCAAGGUAGACACAGCUAAAGUUGCUCUUACGCACCUUACAGAACAACCUCAGACAAAGAACCUCUCAAGCACAGCAUUUUCGGAUUAUUCAAGCCAGCUUCUGUCACCAACUGAUUUUGUACAAGGUAUUGAUUCCCAGGCCCAAAGUGGUACCACUGCAACGCAAAAGGAAAAAAGUCCAGAGAAACCAAAAGAGAGCAAACAGAUUGAUGCCCUUAAAAAUGAACUUCUCGGGAUUCAAAGAAUUAUGCAGCAAUACCAAGAGCAGAAAGAGGAACUGAAGGAUUGGCGCAGACACGCAGGAGUUCUACGGCGGUGGCUCAAAUCCAGUGAUCAUGAGCUCGACCCUGAUGAACAAUCACUGAAGAACGAGGUGGAGACUGAACUCCAGCAGCUCAAAGUGACGAUUGAAAACCGCUCGCAGCUGCUGAGCACAGACAAGAGACGAAUGCAGAUUUAUAUAAGCCGCCUUCAGGAGAUCAGAGCUUCAAUGGACUCCUUGUUAUAAUUUUCUACAUAUGCUUUUCUAGAAUAGAGAUCUCUAUAAAAUCACAAAGGCUGCUUAGUUUAUCCAUUUUAUUUCAAAAUGUCAGCUAUUAAAUGGGUUAAUGUA